AUGACUGUAUCAUCGAAUGAGAAACCGUCAUUGGAAGAGGCGAAUAAUUCGAUAAUAAAUUCACGGUCGAUUGAACCGAGUCAGAAGAUAUCCAAGACAAUAUCUUGGUCUAAAAAUGGAUUUAUUGCCUAUGCAGCUCCAGAACUUAACUCCAAAUAUAAUCUAUAUUUAACCUACCUAGAGAAUGUGGAUGGAAAAUCCUGGCAAUUAGCAAAUAAUCAAGGUAUUAACGUUCGACCCAUGGCUGAGAGUAACCUGGCUCCAGAAUUGACACUAGUAUCAUGGAGUAACUUAAGUACUGAUUUAGCAGUGGCAGAUAUUCAUGGUAAUUUCUACAUAUUAUUAGCAGGUGUUGGCCUAUUGGAUAAUAAGGAUAUCAAUGGAUCAUCAAGUAAAAUUAAUGGCCUGUCUGGACCUAAUACAGGAAGUUCGCCUAGCUACGAAUUAACGUCCUAUAAUCAUAUGGAAAUGAUUUAUAGAGAUAUCAUCGACCCUCAACUGACGGGGAGAAUGGCCUCAAUGUCGCAGAUAGUUUCUUUCAAAUGGCUUAAUAUAUUGAAGCCCCAGAUUAUAAACAAGCCUGCUGUGUUGAAGAAAGCGGACAACUCUUUUCAGCAAUCGCUGUCUCUGCCUCCCUUUGCAUACACGUACGGAGUUGGCCAGCACAACCCCCAUGGAGCAUGCCAUCCGAUUUCUACAAAGCAGGCAUGUGUUGCAUUAAGACAGAAUGGUGAAUGUAUAUUGUACUUUCAAGGUGAACAUAAAGUGGAAUACCAUAAAAUAUCAGUCAAAUUACUGUUUCUGUCAAAUUCAGUAAUUAUUACUAAAUCGUCUAUAGGAUUCAAGAAUGAUAAAGACUUAAUUGUAUCUGCUUACGAUGAAGUUUCUAACAGCAUAAAAACUUUUUUGAUUUCUAUUGAUUGGGGGUUCUUGGUUGAGUCAGCUCAGAAACAGAAAGUGGACCCACAUUUCCAUACCCCCAGAGAAGCACAGAAAUCCCCUUCAUUAUCAUUACGGACGUUGCAUGAAAUGAAACCGAUCGCUGCGAAUAUAUCUGAACUGAAUAAGGAAACCCAAAUUGGAGACGACAUUAUGGAUAUUGAUAAUGACGAUGAUCCUAAGCCAAAAGAUAUCAAGCUUGGGCAUAUAUCUUCGAUAGAUAUUAUAUCCCCAAGCUUUGAUUUGAAUCUGAAACCAGAUAUAUUGAUAAGCUAUAAAUACGAGAAUGAAACCUCGGAAAUGACAACUGUGAUUUACAGGUACAUUUUAGCUGACUCUCAGGAUUUAGUAUCAGAAGCUUUUGCUGAUUUAGGUAUGAGAAAAAAUGUAUCGGCAUCUCUCUCUGAUGAAAUAAAAGAUUAUAGUUUGGUAUUACAAGACAAGAUGACGAGACCUGGACAUAUACAAAGAAUUGAAACUGCUGUGGCCGACUCUUUCAUUGUUCUAAUCUAUACUCAUGGUGGAAUUGAUGUUAUAGAUAGAACCUCAUUACAAAUUGUCAAUGACCGCUCGCAGACAGAACUAAAUAAUACUAAAGAUGGUGAUAUCCCUCAGACUGUGUCAACCAUGUUCGAUGCUGGUUUCAAUUUUCCCACUAUACCGGUUACUGAUAAAAAUCCUAUAUUGGUAGUAAUUUCACCAAAUCUAACAUCAAUAGCAUACACUAGAAUUAAUAAUAAAUCUCAACGAUUGGAUUUACAGGUGCUUGAGAAGAAUACCGACCAUGGAAUAUCACCUAAAGAAUUAUUUAUUACUUCUGCUGCGUUUGCAUUCCGCCAUUCGUAUGCAUGCUAUACAAAUUCCUGUGCAGAUGAUUUGUUGGCCUUAAUUCAAAGUGAAAUUAAGCGAGUAAGUGUAUUAUUGAAUAAAAAUGUGUCUGAUAAGAAGCAUAGCAUUGAAUCGAUUUUGAAUAAAUUUAUUGAAUCAAUUAUUUGCGAGUCUCAUAAGGCAAUUAAUUUUCAAUUAGAUGCAUUUGGAAAAGAGUCAGUUGAUAAAUUAUUAUCUAAUCCCCCUUUACAAAAAUUGCUAUCUUUGCAAUUAGUCCUAGGUGAGUUACAAAAUCACGAUCAUAUAAUCAGCGAUAUUGCUUGGAUAGUCUUAAACUUGAGAAGUACAAGUUUUGGAAUAAUGUUUCUGUUGUCAAGUAUAUAUAGACAGAUCUCAAAAAAGAAACCGGCUGACGAUAGCUUACAGGAUUCUAUAACUAGAGGUGAGUGUAUUAUGUCUUUAGUUGGAAAUGUUAAAUGGUUGAUAGAUUUAAUGGUGUAUUUCAAUCAAGAAUUAUUGCAAUUAUCUUAUAGUAAGAAAGAUCCGUCGCAAAGCAAAUUAACCAUGUCCAAUUCUACAGUUCUUCCAAUUAUUUUGAGUAAAGUACCACGCUUAUUUUUGAUUUAUGCUUUAUCUUCGAUUGGAAAAACACAUGAAAUUCUAAAAAAAUUAAAUGAAGAUUUAUCUGAAUCAAAUAAAGUAUUUUCUCCUAUGAAAGAGGCAUUGAGUAGAUAUUUCACAGUAUGCAAUCAAUCUCCAUUGAAUUUAGGACUGUUUGAAAACUUUUUAAGAGAGUGCGAUACGUACAUUACGAAAGAAAUAAGUCAAAAAGUGGAAGGCAAAGAGAAGGGCUAUGGCUUGAAGAUUGAACAAAAAUUAGUUUGUCAGGGUGAAUUAUCAGAGGAAAUACUUCCAGUUGCAAGUGCCUUGAUUCAAAAAUAUUCAGCCUAUGUUAUUAGAGACAUGAAGGUGUCAGAAAUUUACUUUUAUAACGUUGACUGGAUUGAUGUUGGUAUAAAUAAAUUCAAUCCAAAUUAUGGAGAAACAAAAUUCCCAACUGAUCAACGACCUGUAAUACUCAAAUACCCUAAUACUGCGAAGCAAGUAGUACCAAGGUUACGAUUUUCCCACAAUGAAUGCAUCGAUGCAUUGAGAAAAGUGGUCAUUUCUAUGGAAUCCAAUGAAGCUUCAAGGAAAACUACAAAUUUACCAAAACUUCGUAAGUGUACGAGAUGUAGAUCAUUCUCAUUGGUGAACGAUCCACUAGUGUUUGAUUCUCCAACCAAUAUUGGUUUGUGGACUAUGGUGUUUCAAAGAACAUGUAUUUGUGGUAAUGCAUGGGUUAAUUGCGAUAUAUGA